GGUUACGUCACGUAUCAGCUAAUGUUACCGUAGUUCCAAAACAUUCCCCACGAGACAAACUCGGUCCGGUGUGACAGCUGCGCCCUCGCGCUGCGCCGCCGCGCGCUGUCCCUUUCCAGCCUCUCCUUCUCUAAACGGGAAGUUUUUUUUUUUUUUUUUCUCGUUUGAGUCAUAUGAUGUGACCGCGGAGAAGCAGGAACACGCCAGUCAGAGGGGAACCAGCGGCGUCUCCCACAGAAACACAGGAACGUGUCCGACUGGACGACAAAUGGGGAACACGCGAAGGAAAGUUAUGAGAGGAAGCUGAUGUCAACGCUGGGACCGAAACUCCUCGUCACUGACAGCUUCCCCCUCGUCAUGAUAACCAGUCGUAGCUCUACUGUAGCUACUGUAAUAUCACGCCAACAAGCCUUCAGGAGGAAAGCAACUCCUCAAAGACCAUGGUUAACAAAGAAGAGCUGGAAGGACGGCUGAAGAAGCUGCUGGUGCGGCUGAAAACGCCGCAGGAGGACAGGCAGCUGUCCACGCUGAUCCAAAUCCUGCAGGAUCUGAGGACCCUGGCGGCUACGGAACACGCAGCUGAUCUGUUUGAAGACAAAGAUGUCCAUGUUCCCCUCACAGUGGUGCUUUCAUCUUAUACACACAGCAAAAAAGUCCAGGAGGUGGGCUUGUCCCUGCUGUGCCGGCUCAUUGAAAUACGACCGAAAACGCUGGAGGAGCUUUGCAGACCUCUGCAGGCCAGCAGGGAGUGGGAGGUACUGGCAGUGCACCAGCAGAUCCUGAAGGUCUUAGCUCAGUUUAUUGCAGAUCAUCAAGUAACCAUUGUUGGACUCAGAGCCCUGGCGCUUCUGCUCACAUCAGAUCCGAUUCCUCUCCUGGUGCUCAAUGAAGAAGAGGACGUGUUUAGCCUGGUUGUGCAUGCGAUGAAAGCAUUUUCCACCAUUGAGGAAGUUCAACUCCAAGGUUGUAUGGCUCUGCAGCUGCUGCUGGAUAGAGUAAGUGACGACCAUCUGGGCGAGUUUGUGGAAAACCAGGACCAUGUUGUGGUUCUUUCAGCUCUGCAGAGGUUCUCUGGCAGCCCCAAGCUCCUCACUCAGGCCAUGAAGGUGUUACUGCCCUUAGCUCGCACAGGCAGUAACGUGGAGGUGUUGAUGUCGGGAGGCACUCGGUGUUACACCCUCAUCAUCGCAGCCAUGGACGCCUUCCCUGACGUGGCGGAGCUGCAGGAGACGGCCUGCUUGCUGUUCAGGAGGUUCACAUCAGAGAGCUUCUUCAACAUCCUGGUACGGAACGGCGUCCAGAGAGUCGCUCUGAGAGCCUGUCAGAGUUUCCGCAACAACCCUGUCCUGCAAGCUGCUGCUCUCUCCUGCCUGGCUGAACUUACUGCAACCAUUGUGCAGAGCAAAGCGGUGGCGGAGGAAGGAGAGAAGGAAGAAGUGAGGGGCAUGGAGAAGGUGGAGGACCUGGGCCUGGACUGGAUGGAGGACUGCUGUACGGCGCUGGAUCUCCAUACAGCUGAGCCGGCUGUUCAGGAAGCUGCGAGCUGGGCCAUUCACAAUCUGCUACUGCAUGGAGCCCAAGUUAACCCUUCAGAAGAGGAGCAGGAUGACAGAACUCCUGUUCACAGACAGUUAAUGGCUGCCAUGCUGGUUCACUCCUCCUCUCCCAGUGUGUUCAUUGCUGCUACCAGCGCCAUCGCCACGCUCAUUACCAACAACAGUAAAAUGAUCUUCGUGCUGCUGUCUGGUGGCCUCCAUGUCAAUCUGGUAGAGAUGAUGAAGAGACAUGGAAGCUCAGCAGAAGUUUCCAUCAGCGCCUGCAAGUUGUUAAAGCUGCUUUUCCACGGAAGGACCGCCAGCCUGGAUGAGCUGAACAUGGCCAUGAGUCAGAUCCUCACCAUCAUGAAGAUCCACAACUUCCAAUCAGAAGUCCAGCUGGCAGCACUGGAAGCCAGUCUGAUCUUCCUUUGCCCAGACAGGAGUUUAAGGGAGAAUGGUUCCUCCAUCACGGAUCCCGACAUGGCCGAUGUGUCGCUGAGAGUCCUGAAGAACCAGUGUGUGGUGGAAGGGGCUCACACACUCUACCUGGAAGCCCUCAACAGGUUUAUCAGGAGACCCGCCAUACAGCAGUGCGGCCUGAAGGUGCUAUCAUCCCUGGCUGAUUGCUCAGGUGCAGUGGAUCUGUUGUGCCAGCAGGGGGCGAUAGACACUGUGCUUCAUACACUACAUGCGUUCCCAGAGGAUCGAGAGAUACACUAUUGGGGUCUGACCCUGCUUAACUACCUCGUGAUGAAGAAGAAGCUCUCCAGGAUGAUUGUACCAGUCCUGGCCUCCAUUGUGGUCGCCUCCUUAACUCAGUACAAAGAAGAUUCUGAGAUGGUGCUGAAGUGUUUUCAGGUGGCCCUGAGGAUGUUGGACGCCUGCCCAGGGGCAGCAGCUCAACUGCAGAGAGAAGACUUCGACAGGCAGAUCUUCCAGCACCUUAUCCAGGAGAGGGAUCAGAGCGUCAGUCCACUGCGGAAAGUUGUGUGUCUGGCAUUGUCCAAGAUGUGGAGCGACUCAGAGCUACACUACAGCAUGCUUGAAAAAGCUUGCAUGGAUGGCAACACACUGAUGGCAGAGUGCCUCAUUGAGCUGGGCGCCGACAUCAACAGGAAGGCAAAAACAGAGUCUCUCAUCCAACAGGUGUGUGAGAAAGGAGGUCCUCUGGAGCUGGUGGAGCUCCUGCUGAGCAGAGGCGCUCCGGAGCAGCAACUCCGCAGAGCUCUGGCCGUGAGCGUGAAGAGGGCCGACGGGCCCAUCGUCAUCCUGCUGCUCAGCCGGCUCGGUCUGGACUUCAACAACAGCGCCCUCUGUCUGGGAGGCUUCCGACUCGGCAGAUUGGACGCCGCUUGGCUGAGCCCCCUGCUGGCUGAACGGGGCAGGGCAUAUAGUCUGCGCUAUAGCAGUAAAGGUGUGACCUUGGCCAGGUACAUUCAGUCCCUGCAGAGGUCCAAGAGCGUCAGCGGUUUUUCCAGACCCAUGUCAGACCAGUGUCUGACUUCCGGCUACAUUUCAGACGAGAGCGAUGACUCUAGCUUCAGCACCGUGUCCAUGGAUGACAGCUUGUUUAUGAAUGACGAAAUAGAGAGUGAUGGAAGUGAUUCAGUGUCUGGGAUUCUGUCUCCAAAGUCAAAAAACAACUCAGUAGAGGAGCUCAGGGGAGACUUCUUCAAAAGGAAGCAGGGACGUCACAGGCACUCCAGUGCAGAGAGUCCUCAACCUGAAAAUGAAAAUAAUGAAUCGAUUAAUAGAAGAUACACACGGAGAAACUCUAAGCCAAUGCUGGGCUCUGGUGAGAACUCCACUGCUCUUUUCAAAGAAAAAGAGAGGAUCCGCCUGCUGGACCUGUCAGGGAACGAGUUAGACUCCCUGUCCUGUUUCCUUGACGAUGCUGUUGUCCAGCAGCAGCUGUGGCACGUCCAUCGCCUGGACCUGAGCAGCAACGUUCUGCUGGAGUUCCCCUCUGCCAUCUGCCAGAGUUUGAAGAGUCUGACGUGUCUGGACCUGCAGGGUAACCAGCUUCGCUCGUUGCCAGACGACCUGCUGGCUCUUCCCUCACUGAGCACGCUCAACGUCUCCCGUAACUGCAUUGGCCCCGUGCUGACCUUCGACCCGGCUGUCACCUGCCCCUCACUGAAGCAGCUCAAUCUGUCAGUCAAUAAAAUCACCACAUUCCCCUAUGAGCUGGGCCGGACCAUGGGAAAGCUGGAGGAGCUGUUUAUGGACAGCAACGGUCUAACUGAGCUGUGCUCCGCUCUCUAUCUCCCGGAAGUCAAGCUGCUGGAUGUGAGCAAGAAUAAUGUGGAGAAUAUUUCUCCUGACUUUCUGACCACCUGCCCUAAACUGGAAACGUUGAAUGCUUCAAACAACAAAAUAUGUUCCCUUUCCCAGCUGCCAGCCAAGGUCACAACGUUGAAACUGGCUAACAACAAGUUCACUCACGUUCCUGAGACCAUACUGAAUCUACCAAACUUACGUUCAGUGGACAUGAGGACCAACUGCAUCGACGUUCUACCUGGUCCGGGGUGCUGGGUGUCCCACAACAUCCGGGAGCUAAUGUUUAGUCAGAACAGCAUCAAAGGUUUGGAUCUGAGUGGACCGAUUUACAAAUGGGCCAGACUGGAGAAACUCCAUCUGAGUGACAACAAGCUUAAAGAGAUCCCGCCGCAGAUCGGCUUGUUGGAAGGCCUAAACUCUCUGGAUGUGAGUCGGAACGCCAGACUGAGGUCGUUUCCGGAUGAAAUGGGAAAGCUGGGGAGACUGUGGGACCUGCCUCUAGAUGGCCUUCAAUUGGACCUGGAUCUGAAACUUAUUGGCAACAAGACCAAAGACAUAGUCAGGUUUCUGCAGCAGCGCUUGAAGAAAGCAGUGCCGUACCACCGCGUUAAGCUCAUCGUGGUAGGGACCACCGGCUGCGGGAAGACCACCCUCAUCAGGCAGCUGAUGAAGGUGAAGCGGUCCCAGCUGAACUCAAAGCAGAGCGCUGUGGACGUUUUCGACUGGACCAUCAAGGAACGGGACAAGAAAAUGUUGUUGAACGUCUGGGACUUCUCAGGUGGAGAGGAGCUCACUGGCUCUCAUCCUCUCUUCCUCACAUCCAGAGCGCUCUAUCUGGUCGUCUACGACCUCAGUAAGGGACCCAGUCAGGUGGACGCCCUUAAGCCCUGGCUCUUCAACAUUAAAGCAAUGGCUCCGCUGUCUCCAGUCAUCCUUGUUGGAACCCACACUGAUGUGAGCGAGGAGCUGCAGAUCCAGUCAUGUCGGAGUAAAAUCAGAGAGGAGCUGCUGAACCACCAGGGCUUCUCGGCCAUCAGAGACUGUCACAUGGUCUCGCUCUGCGAGGACUCAGACUCCAUUGCCAAACUCCGCAGGGCAGUCAUCAGAGAGGUCACCAACUUCAAGAUCCAGGGCCAGCAGGUUAUGGGUCAGUUGGUACCAGACUGCUACGUGGAGCUGGAGCGCAGAAUUCUCCAAGAGAGGAGCAGAGUCCCGCCAGAGUUUCCUGUCCUCAGGUAUGACAAGCUUCUGCAGCUCAUCCAGGAGAGCCAGCUGCAGCUGGAGGAAGCCGAACUCCCCCACGCCAUCCAUUUCCUCAGUGAAGUGGGAGUUUUAUUACACUUUGACGACCCUGCUCUACAACUUCAAGAACUUUACUUUAUCAAUCCACAGUGGUUGUGUAACAUUCUGUCUCAGAAACUGACUUUGAAGAGCUGUGGCCUCUUGGAGCAACCAAAGGGAGUGGUCCAGCGAUCUGCUGUGGAAAGGUUUCUGUUGGAGACCAAAUGUUUCCCCAAGAGCCACAUGCUCCAGUUCUUCAAACUUUUGGAGAAGUUUCAGAUUGCCCUUCCCUUUGGUGAGGACCAGCUACUGGUACCCAGCAGUUUGUCCAAACACAGACCAGUUAUAGAACUACCUCACUGUGAAAACUCUGAGAUGAUUGUACGUCUGUAUGAGAUGCCCUACUUCCCCAUGGACUUCUGGUCUAGGCAGAUCAGUCGUCUGUUAGAGGUAUCCUCGUAUUUGCUCUGUGGAAGAGAAAAGGUGCUUCGACCCAACCGUAUUUACUGGAGGCGAGGUAUUUACCUGAACUGGUCCCCUGACGCGUACUGUCUGAUGGAGGCUGCUUCAGAGGAGCAGAGUCCCUCCAGCUUUGUGAGGAUAACUGUUCCCUCAUCUCAAAAAGGCCGAGUGUUGCUGGGCCAAGUGGUGGACCACGUUGACUCCGUACUGGAGGAAUGGUUUUCUGGUCUGCUCAACACCGACAUACAUGGCAAUGGAGAAGCUUUGCUAAAGAAGUGGGCUCUCUACAGUUUUGAAGAUGGCCAGGAGUGGAGGAAGAUUCUGCUAGAAGACCUUUGUAACCAUUUUGAUGAAGAUUUCUUGAUGGUGAACCCAGAGAAUACGCGCUGCAAGCUUCCGAUCUCUCAGAUCGCACCAGACCUAGUGCUGAGUGACCAGCCUGCAGGAAUUUCACUGGAUGGGGAGGAAUUGGAAGUAGACCUCUCCAAAGAACACAGACUAGGCGACGGAGGUUUUGGAACGGUUUAUCGAGGAAUUUAUAAAACCGAAGAAGUUGCCGUGAAGGUUUUCAACAAGCAUGCUUCUGAUCUUUACAUCCACAGACUCCUCAGACAGGAACUGGCAGUCCUGGGUCGUCUCCGACACCCCAGCCUGGUGAGCCUGCUGGCCGCCGGCGCCGCUCCUCCGAUCCUGGUGAUGGAGCUCGCUCACAGAGGCUCUCUGGACUCUCUGUUUAACCAUGAGAAUGGCAGCCUGAACCGGAAGCUGCAGCACCGGAUCGCCCUGCAUGUGGCAGAUGGUCUCAGGUACCUCCAUUCCGCCAUGAUCAUCUAUCGGGACCUGAAGCCCCACAACGUGCUCCUCUUCAACCUGAAGAGCGAUUCUGACAUCAUCGCCAAAAUCACUGACUACGGGAUCGCUCAGUAUUGCUGUAGCAUGGGCGUGAGGAGCUCCGAGGGAACUCCAGGUUUCCGAGCGCCCGAGGUCGCCCGGGGCAACGUGAUCUACAACCAGCAGGCGGACGUGUUCUCGUUCGGCCUGCUGCUGUACGACUUACUGACGAAAGGCGAGCGCAUCUCGGAGGGCUUGAGGUUCCCCAGCGAGUUUGAUGAAGUGGCGGUGCAGGGAAAGCUGCCAGACCCAGUAAAACACUAUGGCUGCUCACCUUGGCUCAGCUUCCAGGCUCUGAUGAUGGACUGUCUGAAGGAAAGCCCACAGGAUCGACCCACCUCUGCUCAGGUGUUUGACCGGCUGAAUUCAGGGGAAAUGCUGAGCUUAAUAAGUGAAGUGAAGUUUUCCAGCAUGUUUACUGCUCAGUGCAUCACAAUGAGCAGCGGCGGCGACCAGAGGACAUCAAGCCAGACAGCCUGGCUCGGUGGGGGCAGCAGCUCCAGGAGGAAGGGCUUCGUCACAGCCGUGGACCUGCACACCGACGUGGUCACCACACAGGAGGUCGAUACCAGCCCCGUCCUUUGCCUCGUGACGGUUCAGAUCCCAAAUGAGGAAUGUGAUUGGCUGGUGGCAGGCAUGCAGUCUGGCUCCUUACUGGUCAUCAGCACCCAGGACGUGUCCACCUAUCACCACCUGCAGAGUGUCACCGAUGCCGUCACCUCGCUGUACUUCCAUGUACACCCUCGGCGCACCCAAAGGACGAAUUACUUGCUUGUCGGCACGGCAGAUGGAGUUCUGAGUGUUUAUGAGGAGUCUGUGCUGAUGCAGGAGAAUGGUCAGCCAGUGAAAAGCGUCACCGUGGGAAAUGCCAGCACUCCGCUCGUGUGUUUGGGCCAGUCCACCCACUCACUGGACAGCAGGUCAGUCUGGGCCGGCUGCGGGACCAAGAUCCUCUGCUUCUCAGCCGACUACGACGUCUCCAAGUUCAUCGACACGAAACCGAACCUCAUCUUCCGCCAGCAGCGGCGUCAGAGCAGCGAGGCGUGCGUCUCCCGCAUGGCGGUGGACAGACACGUGUAUCUCAGCAAAGCCAGCACUCCGACUGUGGAGGUGUGGGACAAGAAGAGCGAGAGGAUGGUGGACUCCAUCGACUGCGCUCAGAUCAUCAGGCGGGGCGGCGGGGCGGAGCCGCUCUCCGAGGGGUCGCCCUCCUGGGCCACGGUGAAGGCCUUGAUGAUGCAGAACACCGCAGCGCUCUGGAUCGGCACUAGAGGGGGCUACCUGCUCCUGCUGGAGCUCUCCAAGCACCAGGUGCUGCAGGUGGUGGCUCCGUCGUGCGACUCCAUCCGCGCCAUCGUCUCUGCAGUCAUACAGUCGACGAGCUGGAAGAACGCGGUGCUGGUUUUGGGCCGGAGGCUCCCACGAGACAAGAACCGGGACGAUGAGGAGUCGGCGCUGAUGGCGUGGAGCAGCACGCUCCCUCUGGAGGUCAAAGACCUGAAGAAGCACUGUGAGAAGAGGGAGCGGGCCGCGGCCGGCAUGAGGGAGCAGCUCCAUCACGCCUGAGCCGCAGGUCCCAGUCCGCUCCCGUCGUUCUAACCUCUGCUUUCCGUUUGCUUCAUCUGAAGAUUUGGUGAAUUGGAGCUCAGACGGAGUGCACCCUUAUUUCUAAAAACCGAUACCGGGUUGCUGCCGUGGAGCUCGGUCUCGGUCCUCGCUUCGUGUCGUGACCUGCUGACCUUUACCGCAUGUCUUCUCCUGCUUUCAUUCCCCACUUUCCUGUCUGGCAAAUAAAGGCUGCCUGAGCUAAAAAACAAAACAAAAACACUUUUAAAACUAAUAAUAAUAAUAAAUAAAAAAAAACCCUACUAAAGCAAUACAAGAUGCUCAACAAUUCACAUUUUGUGUUUGAUUCAUUUUUCCUGGAAGAAUUAUCACAUAAUAACCACUUUAAUCUCCUAACGUAGAACCUUACGCUUUUCAUAUUAUGAUAUCAUUCUGAUAAUAAAAUGACUGUAUUCUAGUUUUAUGACUUUAUCCUGACAAUGACUUAAUUCUCUGUUUACUUUGACCUCAUUCCAGUAAUAUGACAUCACCCUUGUAUGAUUACAACUUUAUUCUCAUUAUGUUUGGUCUUCAUUGUUCUAUGACUUUAUUCAGUUAUUCUUCUAUGACUUUUUUUUAUUUUGAAAUGAAAAACCAGUCUCAUCCUGGCCCUAAUGCUCCGUCACAGACAAUAGAACAUCGCUAAUGUAAAAUUAUUAUUAAAAGCCCAAAACAUUAUAUUGCUGCCUCCAGUUUGUGGAGGCAAAAGUUUUGAAAAGUAUCUUUCUUACUGUAGAAAACCAGUUUUUUGUGAAUGUUUUGUUUGCUUCUGGUUGUUCAUGUCGCAGCAGCAAGAAUAGUGACUGAAAUCUCCCCUCAACGUUUUGUGUUAAACAGAGGAGUCAGCUAAAGGGACGAACUCUUCAGCUGCUCUGAAGAGGAUGUUUUACCUCAGCGCCUGACGAGCCAGCCGCACUUUUCAGGACUCCGACAUUCAGUAGGGAAAGUCUGGAGCUGAAGAAGAAUCGCGUCAUAGAUUUAUGGUCGUCUUUUCUUCAGCAAAACAGACCUUAUGACCUGGCAUAUUUCAUCAGAUGAUGACUGACUUUUAAUCUUCAGGACAUUUUUUUGUAAAGGGACAGUUUGUUUAACUUUUGUGUUUGAAGUCUGACAGCAGAGGAGAUGUAAAAAAACAAAAAUCCUGCUUCCAAUAAACAUGUAUGGAUUUUAUCCUGUGUGUAAAGUGGAAACCGGUAUGGGGGGCGGGGGGGUGGAGGAAGCACAAAGUCAUAAAAAAGUGUCAGGUUGAUUAUUUAUUUGUCUGUGAAUGCAUAUUUAUCAGUAUAAGCCACUCAACAUAGAUGAGUAAAUUAGUUCUAAUGCUGCCUGCUCUGCACAUGUUGUGGAGUUUUUUGUUGUUGUUUUUUUUACAUACGUUCUUAUAGCUGAAGUCAUUGUGAUGCCAAUAAGUUAUUUUGUUUACGGUUUUAUUGUCUUGUCGUUUACACUUAAGAUUCAUGCAUUUAGUCUGGUUUCUUUAUUUUGUGUGUAAACAAUAAUAUCUAUAUAUAAUACAAUUAUCGCUACUUUGUGUAUCUUGUAACAAUGUGUACAGUUCUGUCCACAAAGUAAAAUGUGUAAAAAGCCUUAAAAUGACUAA